CUCAUUGCACGCGGAUCAGUAUAAAACACAUUGCAAUUCUACGGAAGAGCAUCAGUUAGCUGUCUGCUAUUCCCAGAGCUAAACCAACCCGCAACAAUGGCUUCUUUUAAGAUUGCCCUUCUCCUCGGCGUCAUCGCCUUCGUCAACGCUUGCUCCCAAGCGCCCGGAACUACCACCACCACUGUGACUACCACUGUCACCACCGUGUCAGCUGAUGAUGGAAGCGAAGCCGGCCUCCUGAGCGCUCACGAGCGCAGCCUCAUCCGCAAGACAUGGGACCAGGCCAAGAAGGACGGAGAUGUCGCUCCCCAGGUCCUCUUCCGCUUCGUCAAGGCCCACCCCGAGUACCAGAAAAUGUUCAGCAAGUUCGCCAACGUUCCUCAAUCUGAGCUUUUGAGCAACGGAAACUUCUUGGCCCAGGCCUACACCAUCUUGGCCGGUUUGAACGUCGUCAUCCAGUCCCUGUUCAGCCAGGAGCUGAUGGCCAACCAACUGAACGCUCUCGGUGGUGCCCAUAAACCCCGUGGAGCUACCCCCGUCAUGUUCGAGCAAUUCGGCGGCAUCCUCGAGGAAGUCCUGUCUGAAGAGCUUGGAAGCGGAUUCACUGCUGAGGCCAGACAAGCCUGGAAGAACGGAAUUGCCGCUUUGGUUGCUGGUAUCGCCAAGAACCUCAAGAAAGCUGAAGAUUUGGCUGAUCCCCAGACUAAACUGACCCCCCACCAGAUCCAAGAUGUCCAGAGGAGCUGGGAAAACAUCAGAAACGGCCGUAACGCCCUCGUCUCCUCCAUCUUCGUCAAGCUCUUCAAGGAAACCCCCCGCAUCCAGAAAUUCUUCGCCAAAUUCGCUAAUGUUGCCGUUGAUUCUUUGGCCGGCAAUGCCGAAUACGAGAAACAAAUCGCCCUCGUUGCCGACCGUCUGGACACCAUGAUCUCGGCUAUGGGUGACAAACUGCAACUUUUGGGUAACAUCAACUACAUGAGAUACACCCACACCGAACGUGGAAUUCCCCGUAGCCCUUGGGAGGAUUUCUCUCGCCUUCUUCUCGACGUUCUUGGCUCUAAGGGAGUUUCAUCUGAUGACUUGGACUCAUGGAAGGGUGUUUUGGCCGUCUUCGUCAACGGAGUUUCACCCAUCAAGAAAUAAAUUCAAACGUGGCACUCACAAGCCUUUAUGUCCCUCCCAACGAGGUCUUAUGAAAAAUCAUGCUUGUCGCAAUUGCUCAAAUUAUGAUUUGCUCAAAUACAAACAAUUGAUUGGUA